AUGGUACGCCGAAAAAGCCAGACUGCAGCUGAAGUCGAUGCUCUAGUUGAUGAAGCAGUAUUAGGAGUUCAGUCUCAGUUAUAUAAAUCUCCAUACGAAGCUGCGAAGAAGCUAGGGGUAUCUAAGGAUACUGUGACGCGUCGCGUCAAUGGAGGCUUAUCACGUUCUCAAGCGCGCCAGCAACAACAGAAACUUUCAUCCGUACAAGAGAAUGUUCUUCUUAAGUGGAUUAAAGAGUUGACAAUCAGUAGUUAUUCACCAGGGCAUCGGUUGUUAAAGGAGAUAGCAGAAGAGAUCCGUACAAAACGAACCUACAAUUUAGACAACCCCUCACUUGACUCGCUCAACCUCCCACCACAAUACACCCUAGGCAAAAACUGGGUUCCACGAUUUAUCCAACGACAUCCACAUCUCACAGUUGCUAUUAGGCGUCGAAUUGAGUCUGUACGAAUCGAUGGUGCUACAAAAGAAGUCCUAGAGGCGUGGUUUAAUGCAUAUAAAAAGGUGGUCCAGGAGGAAAGAAUCCAGCAGGAGAAUAUAUAA